AUGGCGGGCACCAGCGAGCAGCCGCGACUUCGACGAAAUCGACCAUCGUUAAUGAGGCAGAGCGAUGUAAACGACGCCAACGCAAUGUUGAAUCGACGAUCAACCCUCGCAUCCGCGCGCGACCGUCGAGCAGAACCCGUUCAAGAUUCGGGUGAGAAUCUGGGAAGUCUGCCGAAUCUUGCGGAGCUGGAGAAUAGCGGGCUGCGUCUUCGCCGUGAGGACGCCGCUCGCCUAGCGUCGCAGCGUCGUCAGGAAAAACUUCGCGAUCAAGAGGAUCAAGCUCUUCUUAGGGCAAAUCCACUUCGAUACUUGUUUCACCCUGCCUUCAAGGCGUGGCUGGUUCGUUGGAAGGUGCCGAUCUUCCUCGCAGCUGCUAACCUCACAUUACUCUUUCUCUUCUACAACCUGCUCACUUACGAUAGGAGACGUCGUUAG